AUGGAUGUAACAAUCUUUACAUCUGAAGGCAAGAACAUAGAAAAUAUAAGGUCAACCAUCUGCAAUCAAGUCAAAAAAGGACCGACUAACUCAGGAAUGGAAAAGGAGGAGAAUGUUCGAAGAACAUGGAGUUGUGAAUGGGCUUUUACAGUUAAAAUACCUAAAGUGCCGAUUAACUGUGUCAUUGUCACUGUUUUCCUCUCUACCCCUCAGGGAGCCUUGAAUGUGUCAGGAGCAAACACAGUGACUGAGUUCAUCCUCCUGAGUUUUCCCUGCUCCAGAGAGGUCCAGCUUCUCCUCUUUGUGCUCUUCUCUGUGUCCUACAUGCUGACACUGAUGGGGAACGGGGCCAUCGUUGUGGCAGUGAGGCUGGAUCACAGGCUCCACACCCCCAUGUACAUCCUGCUGGCCAACUUCUCAUUCCUAGAGAUCUGUUACAUCAACACCACUGUCCCCAACAUGCUACAUAACUUCCUGUCUGAGACCAAAACCAUCUCUUUCACUGCCUGCUUCCUCCAAUUCUACUUCUUCUUCUCAAUGGGCAUCACUGAGACUUUCUUACUGCCCCUCAUGGCAUUUGAUCGGUACUUGGCUAUCUGCCACCCUCUCCACUAUCCUACCAUCAUGAGCAGUCGUCUCUGCAUGAACUUGGUGGCCCUCUGCUGGGUGGCUGCCUUCCUCUGCUAUCCUGUCCCUAUAUACUUUAUCACACAACUCCCCUUUUGUGGCCCCAAUACCAUUGACCACUUUGUCUGUGACCCUGGUCCUAUUCUGGCCCUGUCCUGCAUCCCUGCCCCUGGAAUUGAGCUUUCCUGUUCUAUUCUGAACUCCCUCAUUAUCUUCAUUGCCUUCUUCUUCAUUCUUGCUUCCUACACCCUGGUUCUCAGAGCAGUGUUGCGUGUGCCUUCAGCAGCUGGCAGACGGAAGGCCUUCUCCACCUGUGGCUCCCACCUAGCGGUGGUGUCUCUGUUCUAUGGAACUGUCAUGCUGAUGUACAUCAGCCCUACCUCUGGAAAUGCAGCUGGGAUACAGAAGAUUGUAACCUUGUUCUACUCCUCAGUCACCCCCCUUGUAAACCCAUUGAUCUACAGUCUCCGGAACAAGGACAUGAAGGCUGCCCUGAGAAAAUUUCAGAUGUGCACAAAAGUUAAUCAAAGUGAAUGA